CUAGAGGACUUUCAUUAUUUAAAAGCAGGAAGGAGAGAGAGGGAGAGAGAGAGAGAGAGAGAGAGAUGGGUGCGUUUGAGAGAGACAGCCUCUUAGAGCUGUGAGGCAGAAGUGAUGGAUUCAGCACACAGAACAGUGACAAUCUUCUAACACAGGCAGUAAACAAUCUGACCUGAGCUCUCACCAUUUAUCAAGGAACAACGUCCACCAGCAAACCGAAAUCUCCGCUCGUAUCUCGAAGGUGCUGCAACUUUUUGUUUUUUUGUUUUUCACAGUGGAUUUUUGGCCAGUGUUUGCUGAAGAGUUGAGCUUGUUAGUUGCUAAAUGACUAAAUCUCUUUCUAGUAAAAUUAAGCUUUAAAUCAGUGCUACCUGUCCACUGCUGGAAUGGACCAACGUGACAGAGAGUGAGUAGAAGACGGACAGAGUGCCGGAGUGCAGCUUUGACACUAGGAAUGACUUUCUACAAGAGGAAAAAUCAAUCAUUUCUGCCAGGAGGGCAAGGCAACUGAAGAAGACUCAUCAAUACGCUACAGUUAUCUCGGUUUGGUGAGUUGGACAGAAACUCAUGGAGCUCCCUUCACUGGUUUUGCUGGGACUCCUAGUUUAUGGACUAAUCUGUGGUGUCCAACACACUCAGGGGAGCUCAUCAGACAGCAGCCAUGGUAAGGGCAGGACCCAAGAAAUUGACAAUAGUGAGGAUGGUCUGGAGAGAGAGCUUCUCUAUACAAAGAGGAGCAAACGCGCUCCAACUGACUACGAACAGGACAAGUGUUCCUACACUUUCAUUGUGCCUCAACAAAAAGUUACUGGAGCCAUCUGUGUCAAUUCCAAGGAACCAGAUGCAAUGUUGGAGAACCGGGUCAACAAACAGGAAUUAGAGCUGCUAAAUGUGGAGUUACAGAAACAGAAGAGGCAGAUUGAAACCCUGCAGCAACUAGUGGAAGUGGACGGGGGCAUUGUUAAUGAAGUCAAGCUUCUGAGGAAAGAGAGUCGAAACAUGAACUCCAGAGUCACCCAGUUGUACAUGCAGCUGCUCCAUGAGAUCAUCAGGAAGAGAGAUAAUGCCUUAGAGUUGGCUCAGAUGGAGAACAAGAUCUUGAACCAAACAUCUGAGAUGCAGCUGCUCACCAGCCGUUACAAAGACUUAGAACACAAAUACCAACACCUGGCUUCAUUGGCCACAAAUCAAUCAGCUCUUAUUGCCUUAUUGGAAGAGCAGUGCCAGAGCCGCCCUACCCCUCGUCAUGUGCCCAUCCCACAACCACGGCCACACCCACCUCCUUCACCACCUCUCAACAAGCCUUAUCAACCCCCUGUGCUUCCUCGCAUCAACAACCAGAUCACCAAUGAGAUCCAGAGUGACCAAAAGUCUCUGACGCCUCUCCUUCCUACCAUGCCCACUGGCACACAUGGCCCUUCCACCACUGACAAACCCUCCGGACCAUUUAAGGAUUGUCUGCAGGCAUUGGAAGAUGGACAGACUACCAGCGGCAUGUGCCUACUGAAACCAGAGAAUGCCAACCGCCUCAUGCAGGUGUGGUGUGACCAGAGACACGACCCCGGUGGUUGGACUGUGAUCCAGAGGAGACUGGACGGCUCUGUCAACUUUUUCAGGAACUGGGAGACAUACAAGCAAGGAUUUGGCAAUAUUGACGGCGAGUACUGGCUGGGUCUGGAGAAUAUCUACUGGCUGACAAAUCAAAGAAACUACAAACUGCUCAUCACACUGGAGGACUGGUCUGGUCGGAAGGUGUUUGCAGAGUACGCCAGCUUCAGAGUGGAACCUGAAGCUGACUUCUACAAGCUCAGAGUAGGCAGAUACCAUGGCAAUGCUGGAGACUCCCUCACCUGGCAUAAUGGCAAACAGUUCACAACACUGGACAGAGACCAUGAUGCAUAUACAGGUAAUUGCGCCCACUACCAGAAGGGAGGCUGGUGGUACAACUCUUGUGCCCACUCGAAUCUGAAUGGAGUUUGGUAUAGAGGGGGGCAUUACCGCAGCCGCUACCAGGAUGGCGUCUACUGGGCUGAGUUCCGAGGAGGGGCCUAUUCACUAAAAAAAGUGGUCAUGAUGAUUCGUCCAAACCCCAACACCUUCCACUAAGAAUAUCCAAAGAACAUAUCUAGUAUGUCUCACAAAGCAAAGAACUUCAGAGGUCUUAAAAUCCCGGUUACUUCUUUCUUUCUUUCUUUCUUUCGUUAUUACUGCUGGAAUGGCACGAUACUGAACAAGUAGUAAGAGAGAAAGGUGAUUUUUGUUUUUCCAAAGUGCAAUACUGAAGUAUCAGGUCAUUAUUUUGGUGCC